GGACUCAAAAAUGACUUUUGAUCACUGAAACCCUGUAACAUUGGUUUCAGUGUUCUCUAACAGAGAAUCCAAUAAUUGAGUAGACAUGCAAAACACCAGGACAUCUUCGCCGAUUCCUGGCAACCCAUGCGGUGAGAAAUGGGCCUCGAGGCUUCUUUCUGAGUGUGCAGAAGCAAUUGCAGAAAAGAAUACAAAUAAGAUCCAUCAUCUCCUUUGGAUGUUGAAUGAACUCGCAUCACCUUAUGGUGAUAUUGAUCAGAAAUUGGCUUCUCACUUCUUGCAAGCACUUUUCUGUAAAGCAACAGAAUAUGGUGAACAGUGCUACAAGAGUCUAAUAUCUGUUGCAGAGAAGAAACACAGCUUUGAGUCUACUAGGAAGAUGAUACUGAAAUUUCAAGAGAUGAGUCCAUGGACUACAUUUGGUCAUGUAGCUUCAAAUGGUGCUAUUUUAGAAGCCUUAGAAGGGGAAAACAAACUACACAUAAUUGAUAUUAGCAACACUUUUUGCACUCAGUGGCCUACACUCUUAGAAGCCUUGGCUACAAGGAAUGAUGAGACACCACAACUAAAGCUUACUGUUGUGGUAACCGAAAGUAUGGAAAGGUCAGUCAUGAAGGAGAUUAGCCAUAGAAUGAAGAAAUUUGCUAGGUUGAUGGGAGUUCCCUUUGAGCUUAAUGUAGUGAGUCGGUUAGCCCACUUAUGCCAGUUAACUAAAGAAGAGUUGAGCGUAGAGGAAGACGAAGCUGUGGCGAUAAAUUGUAUCGGUGCGUUGCGGAGGGUUAAUGUUGAUGAGCGAGGAGCUGUGAUUCGUAUGCUUCAUGGGCUUAGUCCAAGAGUAGUGACAGUAGUUGAAGAAGAAGCUGAUUUCACUAGCACAAGAGAUGAUUUUGUCAAAUGUUUUGAAGAGUGCUUAAGAUUCUAUAAUCUUUAUUUUGAAAUGUUAGAUGAAAGCUUUGUUUCUACCAGUAAUGAGAGAUUAAUGUUGGAAAGGGAAUGUUCCAGAAGCAUAGUUAGUAUUUUGGCUUGCAAUAUUGAGAGUAGCUGUGAAGAAUCUGAAUUAAGAGAAAGAAGUAGCCAAUGGUGCAAUAGACUGAAGGAGUGCUUCUCGGCAGUUGGAUUCAGUGAUGAUGUUGUGGAUGAUGCAAAGUCGCUUCUAAAGAGGUACCGUGCUGGUUGGUCUCUUGUGUUUUCUCAAGGGGAUAAUCCUGCGCUUUUUUUGAUGUGGAAAGAGGAACCUGUUGUAUGGGCUUCUGCUUGGAAACCCUAGAAUCUAUAUUAGACCAAGAUUGGACUUAUGUUCGUUCUGACAAAAGGGAUUCUUGUAAGUUUUUUUUUUAAAACUCUAAUUUUAUCCAGACACACUCUUAUGUCUUAUUUGUAUCCUGAUUGUUUAUAUGCGUGGGUAUUAUAUAUCUUCCUUAUGGGUUUUCCAUUUUCUUCAAGUUUUCUGAUCAUGUUAAUUGCCAAUAAGUAUUCAUUUAUAUCAAUAUGAAUUGACUGCAUAUUUAAUGA